AAGAGCUAAUCCACUUGAAACCCUAGGCACCCGGGCCGGGCUUCGGGCUGACCCGCAUCGCCGCGUUGAAAUCGAGUACUCGACCGCAUCGCGCGCCACGAAUUCCUCGCUUCCGCCGGUCUUCGCUCCGCCGCAGCUCCGUCGCCUCUGUUUCCUCCCUUCUCAUUUUGGUGUCAACGGUACUCUUAUUAAUUCCUGCAGACCUUUUCUCAGUGCUAAGACAUCGUCGAGUAUGGCAACUGACGAAAACAUCCGUGGAAGUGUUAGGCAACAACUUGCUAAGUUGUUUGAAGAAUCUUUGAGAGUUACAGUUCCUGAGGAGUUGGAUGUGGAUCCUCUCAUUGCUCCAUGCCAAAAUGCUAAAUUUGGUGACUACCAAUGCAAUAAUGCGAUGUCUUUGUGGUCGAAAAUUAAAGGAAAGGGCACGCAGUUCAGAGGCCCUCAACCAAUAGGACAGGCCAUUAUGAAGAAUCUUCCUGCAUCAGAGAUGAUAGAUUCCUGCUCAAUUGCCGGAGCUGGCUUCGUAAAUGUUGUGCUAUCCCAUCGAUGGAUUGCUAAAAACAUUCAAAAGAUGCUAAUUGAUGGGAUUGAAACAUGGUCACCUAAGCUCCCUGUUAAAAGGGCCAUAGUUGAUUUUUCAUCACCAAACAUAGCGAAAGAAAUGCAUGUUGGUCACUUAAGAUCAACAAUAAUUGGAGAUACUCUGGCCAGGAUGUUGGAGUAUUCAAAUGUGGAGGUUCUUCGAAGAAACCAUGUUGGAGACUGGGGGACACAGUUUGGUAUGCUUAUUGAACACCUGUUUGAUGCAUUUCCACAUGGGGAAGUUAGUGAUCAAGCCAUUGGAGACCUGGAGACGUUCUACAAGGCUUCAAAGCAGAGAUUUGAUAGUGAUCCUGCUUUCAAGGAGAGGGCUCAACAGGCUGUAGUCAAUCUUCAGGCUGGAGAUGAGAGAUACCGUAAUGCAUGGGCUCAAAUUUGUGAAAUUAGUCGAAGAGGAUUUGAAAGGGUUUAUCAACGUCUUUGUGUUCAUUUAGAGGAAAAGGGGGAAAGUUUCUACAAUCCCUAUAUACCUGGGACUCUUAAGUUACUGAAUGAAAAAGGAUUAAUUCAAGAUAGUGAAGGUGCUCGGGUAAUUGUCAUUGAAGGUAAAAAUAUACCGUUUAUUGUCGUCAAGAGGGAUGGUGGAUACAACUAUGCCUCAACUGAUCUUGCUGCUUUAUGGUAUCGAAUAAAUGAGGAAAAGGCCGAGUGGAUUAUAUAUUUAACUGACGUUGGUCAGCGGGAGCACUUCGAAAUGUUAUUUACAGCUGCCAAGUUAGCUGGUUGGCUUCCAGCAGAGGAUAAUAAAUAUCCUAAAGCUAUCCAUGUAGGUUUUGGGCUUGUCCUAGGCGAGGACGGGAAGCGAUUCCGUACUCGCAGUACUGAAACUGUAAAAUUGGUUGAUUUACUUGAUGAAGCCAAAAAUAAAUGCAAAGCUGCUCUAAUCGAAAGAGGUAAAGAUAAAGAGUGGAGCGAAGAGGAGCUUGAUAAAACUGCUGAAGCAGUUGGAUAUGGUGCCGUUAAAUACGCCGAUCUCAAGAACAACAGGACUACCAACUACACCUUUAGUUUUGACCAAAUGCUCAACGACAAGGGAAAUACUGCUGUGUAUUUGCUGUAUGCACAUGCUCGGAUCUGCUCUAUUAUCCGGAAAUCGGGUAAAGACAUAGAAGAAUUGAUAAAGACGGGAACUCUAGACCUAGCUCAUCCCGACGAACGUGUAUUAGGACUUCAUCUGCUCCAGUUUGCUGAGAGAGUUGAAGAGGCUUGCAACAAUCUGCUACCCAAUGUGUUGUGUGAAUAUUUGUACAAUUUAUCAGAAGAUUUCACAAGAUUCUACACCAACUGCCAGGUUGUGGGAUCAGCAGAGGAGACAAGCCGGCUGCUACUUUGCGAAGCUACAGCACGUGUCAUGCGCACGUGCUUCCAUUUACUCGGAAUCACUCCCGUUUACAAAAUUUAAUGGCGCUCCGUAUGCUUUCGUGAGGGAAGGUACUUCGGCGCUGCCGGAGGAGUACUCCGACUACAUAGUCGGCGGCGGCGGCACCGCCGGAACACCGCUUGCCGCCACACUCUCCACCGCAUCGGCGAAAGUGGUGAUCCUAGAGAAUAUAAAAUAGUGAAUGUGUGUAGUUGUUGUGUAAUUUUUUAUGUCCCACAUCGGAAGUAGAUAUAAAGGCAGGGACAUUGGCUCCUAUAAAUUGACCAUUUUGAAUCCUAUUUUAGAAGAUGACAACAAGUCUUUUUUUUUUUAGUAACUAGAGAGAGUGAAAUUGAGAUUGAUGAGUUGUUGUGAGGAGGGUUUUGCAAUUUUAUUCGUGCAAAAAUUGUAAUAAAUAUUUUAGUGGAUUAUCCCGUUUUUAGAUCGUGGAUGUAGGUCUGUUGUGAGACCAAACCACGUUAAA